GAAGCGGCCCUGCUGCUCAGUUUGGUAGCCACAAAGGAAACAGACAGUGCAAGAUCUCGUAGUAUGCCAAUGUCACCAUCUGAUUUCCUGGAUAAGCUAAUGGGUCGCAUGUCAGGAUACGAUGCAAGGAUCAGACCAAAUUUCAAAGGCCCUCCAGUUAAUGUCACAUGCAACAUAUUUAUAAACAGCUUUGGAUCCAUUGCAGAGACAACCAUGGAUUACCGAGUGAACAUCUUUCUCCGUCAGAACUGGAAUGAUCCACGUCUUGCAUAUAGUGAAUAUCCGGAUGACUCUUUAGACUUAGAUCCAUCCAUGUUGGACUCAAUUUGGAAACCUGAUUUGUUCUUUGCUAAUGAGAAAGGUGCCAACUUUCACGAAGUUACAACAGACAAUAAGUUAUUGCGAAUUUUCAAAAAUGGAAAUGUACUUUAUUCCAUCAGAUUGACUUUAAUACUGUCCUGUCCAAUGGAUCUCAAAAAUUUUCCAAUGGAUGUGCAAACAUGUAUAAUGCAGCUGGAAAGCUGUAAGUUUGAGUAAUG